AUGAUUGAACCAGAUACAUUUUGGUGGUCUAUUAAAAAGUUUAGCAUCGAAAAUGAUACUCAAGAGUUUAUCCAACUAUGUAAUUUUGCACUGGCUUUGCUUAGUUUACCACAUGCAAACGGGGAUUGCGAACGAAUAUUCUCUUCUGUAAAUUGUAUGAAAACCAAGAUCAGAUCAAAAUUAAUAACUGAAACUAUAAGUGGACUUCUUCAUACAAAACAAUGUAUAAAAGGUGGCAGUAAAAGUCAGAAUAAUUGUACUAACUUUGAACCCACUAAUGCCAUGUUAAGUAGAAUGACUGCAAAUUCUCUAUAUAGUAAAGGCGAAGAGUCAAUAUUUUCCGAUUUAAAUGUUGAACCAACUUACCAAGUUACUGAAAUGGACUGUGAUGUAAUAGUUAUUGGUUAA